GAAUUCAGUGACUUCAGCCACUCUAACGCUCAGCACAACAGAGCAGAAUUGAAUCGAAGUCUGAAGGUGAAACCCUAGUCGGCUGUCCUCUUCACUGUUCCCUCUUCUCGUCACUCUCCGUUCCAGUUAAGUUCCGUCAUCGGCUGAUUCGACUCAUCAGCAACUUCAAUUCGAGGCCGAGCUUCCUCUUCUCAUUCGAGCAACGCAAGAUUGGAACAGCUCAGGUCGUCCCCGAUUGCAGCUCUUCUACUCUGGUUCAGUCGCUGAGGCGCAAGGCUCGUCUAUUGAGGGUGAAGCCUGAGCUGGAUAAAGCAGUUGUUGUUAGGAAGGACUGGAAGACUAAAUUCAGAGAGUACACAGGGAAGAACUGCAGCUGAAACAUGGGGAGGAUGAGAGGAUUGGAGAUUCCAUUGACGCAAACACAGAAGAUAAGGCUGCAGAGAGCGCUGCAGAAGCUCGAGUCUCUGUCUACCAAGGCCAAUUCCAAUGCCUCUGUCACUGUUGCUGACUCCAUCCCUGUCAACUAUGAUGACGGGUUCCUCAAGGGGCAUGGAACAUCUGAGCUUAAUGGUGAAGUCAUUGCUACUGUGUGUGGAGUAGUCGAGCGGGUUAACAAGCUAGUGUAUGUUCGAACUCUUCGAGCCAGGUACAAGCCAGAAGUUGGAGAUAUCGUUGUUGGACGUGUUAUCGAGGUCGCUCCAAAGCGUUGGAGAAUUGAUAUAAAUUUUAGCCAGGAUGCUGUUUUAAUGCUUUCCUCUAUGAACUUGCCUGAUGGGAUUCAGAGGCGGCGAACUGCUGUCGAUGAGCUCAACAUGCGCAGUAUUUUUGAAGAAAAUGAUGUAGUGUGUGCUGAAGUCCGUGGCUUCCACCAUGAUGGGUUGCAACUUCAGGCAAGAAGUCAGAAAUAUGGGAAGCUUGAGAGAGGACAGUUGCUUUCAAUCCCUCCAUAUUUAGUAAAAAGACGGAAGCAACAUUUCCACUAUAUCGAGGAGUAUGGUAUUGACCUGAUCCUUGGCUGCAACGGAUUCAUCUGGGUAGGAGAACACGCGGAACCAAAGGAUGAUAUGGUCAUAGAUGAACAAGCGAAUAAAUCAGAUCAGAUCCUAAAGCCCAGCAAAUACUCCAUGACCCUUGAAGAACAAGAACGAGCAUACACUCCCCUGGAGACAAGGCAAAAUGUUUGCAGAACUGCCAAUGCAAUCAGGGUCCUGUCCACUUUGGGCUUCAGCGUCACUAUAGAAAUAAUUAUGGAUACGGUUACUAUGAGCAUGUCACUGAAGGAGAUUCAUGAGAUGCUUGGAUCUGAGUUUUGUGUCCUGGUUGCAGAAAGAGAGGCCGAGAGAAGAAGCUCGGCAAAAAAGAAGGGGUGAUAAAUCUGCAAGUGUAUGAUACAAACUGGUUGGAAGUCCCAUCUAGCGCUGAUUUUGUGAUUCGAGUGUGAUCUUCGUGCAAAGGGUGAUCAUUUUGGCCGGAGAAACUUGUUCGAGUUUUCAAAAGUGGGCAUUGUUCCCAGCCAAGAUAAGCAGCUUCCAAGACAUGGUCCUCAUUUUCACUGUACAAUGGGCAUCGUCAUGGUGUCAUUUGAAGAUGUAUUACAUUAAACAGUUUCUUCCUCUGAACUUAUGAGGAAAUGCUAUAUUUCAGGAUUAGAUCUUUUAUCAGGUCUGGGCUACCCUAUUUCAUUUAAUUUUGCCCUUUUGAUAGUUUUCUCGUAGUGAAAUACACUUAGUUGUAAACAAAUUCGGAAUUAUUGCUCAUGGUAACAUGGCCUAUGAUCGGGAGAGCUGUCUGACUGCAGAUCUCCGGAGUUCCUUUUCUUUUAGUCAUAUUUGAGGCACGCCUUCAUCUC